CGGCCGGGUUACUAAUUGGCAGAUCCGAUUGCACCGGCUCCAUCUGUUGGGGUCACUGAUCCCCUGCCCCACCCCGCCCCGCCGGUGCCACCCUCCCGUCGCUGCUCGCGGGACGCUGCGCUGCAGCCCACGAGCGGACCAGCCCAGGCCUCCUUCGCCACCUGGAAGUCCAGCCGCGCAGGCGCCUUCGCACCGUGCACGCCUGGGGGUGGGGGGCAGGGCAAUGGCGGCAAGUGACCCGGAAACGGCCCAGAGACAAAUUGAUGAAAUUGACGCUCUCUCAUCUAUAUAUGGUGAUGACUGGUGUGUUGUUGAUGAAGAUGAAAGGAUAUUUUGCAUUAAGAUUAGUGAUUGUUUGGAGCAGCCAAAAUGGACUGUCUGUUUGCAGGUGAUUCUCCCUUCUGAAUAUCCAGUUUCAGCCCCACCUAUUUAUCAACUGAAUGCCCCUUGGCUUCGAGGACAGGAUUAUAUCGAACUAACAAAUAGCCUGGAAGAAAUCUAUGUGAAGAAUCUUGGUGAAAGCAUCCUUUACCUCUGGGUGGAGAAGAUACGAGAAGUUCUGAUAGAAAAGUCUCAGUCAUCUGAUGCAGGCCCAAACAUUGAGAAAAUUACUGAAGAGAUUGAUGAAGAUAAUGAAGAUGAUUAUUCCCUGGAGUAUCAACCAGUUCAAGAAGAUACAAUUAAAACACUGAAUUUUGUUAUGUCUGAAAGCCAAGAAGAUGAAGAACUGCCACCAAUUAAUCAUGGGAACCCAAUCUCGGACCGAAGGAGUACUUUUCAGGCACAUCUGGCUCCUAUAGUGAGCCCCAAACAGGUGAAAAUGGUUCUUGCCAAAUUACAUGAGAAUAAGAAAAUAGCAAGCGCUACCCACAACAUAUAUGCAUACAGAAUAUACUGUGAGGACAAACAGACAUACUUACAGGACUGUGAAGAUGAUGGGGAGACAGCAGCAGGUGGACGCCUCCUCCAUCUUAUGCAGAUUUUGAAUGUCCAUAAUGUUUUGGUUGUGGUGUCCCGCUGGUAUGGAGGUAUCCUGCUAGGACCAGAUCGCUUUAAACACAUCAACAAUUGUGCCAGAAAUAUACUAGUGGAAUACAGUUAUACAAAUUCAGCUGAAGAAUCAUCUAAGCAAUUGGGAAAGAACAAAAGAGUAAGAAAGGACAAGAAGAGAACUGAACAUUAAUUCAUUUAAAAAUAACAUAAAAAGUUUAGUUUACACAUAUUUAUAUAAAAUUAAACAUGAAUCUUUUCUCUGUAGAAAAGAUCCUCAGAAAUAUAUAUGUUUAUUCAGCAGAAAAUUCAUCAAGGGCUUAGAAACAUUUUCUUUCUGUUCUAUGGUUGCCUCAGCUGUUCUGGAAUAGAGAGCUUAAACAAGUGAGUUUUCCAUAGUCAUACUUUUAAACUGGGUCCUGUGCAUACCCAGAGCCAUUUUUUUUGUCAACUACAGUUGAUUCAGGCAGAACAUGGAUUAACUGGCCUUCGUACCAUCAGGUCACUAGUCAAGUGCCUGUCUUGAACUGGGACUCAGUCAGCAGUUUUCUUCAGCAUUGGGAUGAAGACAUGAAAACUUUGGUAAAGAAUAUUGUCUUUUAAGCUUUCUGUACCUAACAAAAAAAGCAGAUAGCCUCUCCUGUGUAUCUAGUCCUUGAACAUACAAUUCAGAGUCUGCUUGAUGGAGUCUCAAGAACUAUCACGCAGAAAAAAAAGAAAAGGUGGCAAUCCACAGACUAUAAAAGUCACUUUGUCAGUCCAUUGACAAUUUCCUGCAUGUGUGUCAGGCUGAAACCUGUGUAGGUCAGGUGCCUUAAAAUUAGAAAAGCCAAUGUUUUUGAAACAGGAAACAGCAAUUUUGAAAUCAUCAUGUAUUGCACCUAAUAAUGAAUAUUAAAUACCAAGUAUCCAUACAA